AGAACCGUCAAGACUGAAGGUGUAUCCUUUUUUGUACUCGACCUAAAGGGCCACGAACGAGAACAGGAAGUGAUAGUGGAACACUCUCGGCUAACCAGUUAGUUUAAGUCAGGUAUCGUAGCUUGGCUUUUAACAUAGUAGGUAACAUGGGUCUGUUCGGCAGAACACCAGAAAAACCUCCAAAAGACUUAAUCAACGAGUGGUCUCAGAAAAUCAGGAAGGAAAUGAGAGUGAUUGACAGACAAAUACGAGAUAUUCAAAGAGAACAAGAUAAAGUUAAAAGAUCGAUUAAAGAUGCUGCUAAAAAAGGCCAGAAAGAUGUAUGUGUGAUCCUUGCAAAAGAGAUGAUUCAGUCAAAACGAGCUGUCACAAAACUGUACGCCUCCAAAGCUCAGAUGAACUCUGUGCUUCUCAGCAUGAAGAAUCAACUUGCUGUGCUUCGUGUAGCUGGGGCCCUGCAGAAGAGCACAGAGGUUAUGAAAGCCAUGCAGAGUCUAGUAAAAAUCCCAGAGAUCCAGGCCACCAUGAGGGAGCUAUCAAAGGAGAUGAUGAAGGUUAGCACCGUCCGAGACAAUUAUGGUGCUGGGAUAAUCGAGGAAAUGCUGGAAGACACAUUUGAGAGCAUGGAAGAUGGAGAGGAGAUGGAGGAAGCAGCGGAGGAGGAAGUUGACAAGAUUCUCUUUGAGAUUACAGCAGGUGCCCUUGGCAAAGCACCAAACAAAGUCACAGACGCCCUGCCAGAUGUGCAGCCCGCCGGAGCAACUGCAGCCUCAGAUGAUGAGUCAGAGGAAGACAUCGAGGCAAUGCAGUCAAGACUGGCAGCGCUGAGGAGCUGAGGUGAAGUGCUCUGACAGCACAAGGACAGAGACUAUUCUGGUGCAGGGUUUUACAAUCCCGAGCAUCCCACUUGCUUCAUACGAUGGCUAGACAUAAUCAUUUGGUAUAACUCUUUUUUUUCUUAUUGCAGCAUAAAAAUAGUGUUGUUUUUUGGUUUUGUUUUGCAUUUUAUUAUAAGAGGACAACUCGUGUAUGUCUUUAUUAUCCAAAGUCAAACAGAAGGUUUAGAGAGAUGUAUAUAAUGUAAGUAUGAAAAGCCUGUUGUGCCUCCAGUGUUUCAUUCUUCUUCUUUUGUCCUAAGUUAAGGACUGGUUGUGGGGUUACCUGGUUAUUAAUGAUCCAAAUAAGUGACUCAGUAACUGUUGAUGAAUCACAUUGUACAGAAGAUCAGUCAUGAGCAGCAGCUUUUAUCUCUCUGUUAGCAACAGCUGUUCAGUUUACCAGCACUUAACCACCAACAUCUUUAACACUAGAGGUAAUGAGUGAAUGUUGCUCUUGUUUGUUAACUUCUGUACAGUCAACAUUUGUCCAUUCUUUCUGUGGUCAUAUGUGUAAUGUUCACUAAUUAGAGAAAUGUACACAUUCUUCUUCAUGUUUUGCAUUAACAUUCAGCUUGUUUAACUUUGCCUCACGAUUAAGUUCCCUACUCCACAGAAAAACACAGAGGGCCUACAGAAGCUGGUUAGUGCAGAAUUGAUGUGUUGUUGAAGUGUUGUGUGUGUACAAUUUUUCUAUUUUAAUGGAGAGAAAAAAAUAAACAUUUAACAAGGAGCACGAAA